AUGAAGACUGUCGCCAAGGCGGACGGCGGUGAUUAUGUUAUCAAUGGGUCAAAGCUGUGGAUCACCAGUUCGAGCCACGCUAAGUUCUUCCUGGUGUUUGCAAACGCUGAUCCAUCGAAGGGACACAAGGGCAUCACUUGCUUCCUAGUGGACCGAGACCAGGAAGGAGUGUCAGUGGACAAAGAGGAGAAUAAAUUGGGAAUUCGCGCUUCAGCCACAUGCCCGGUCUACUUCGAGAAUGUGCGAGUGCCUAAGUCGGCGAUACUCGGUGAAUAUGGAAAAGGUAAAAGUGGAAAUAUUUGUUUCUCACAAUUGUUGUAA